UGUUCGGGGAUCGGUGGUGCUGACUGAAGCCGCUUGCCUUUGCUCUCCGUCCUCGGCGGGCUGGUGCAGGGAGGGGCCAGCAUGGCGCGGCCGCCGCCACCCCCUUCUUCUCCUUCUCCCGGACCGCAUUGGUAGCAGCCAGGCUUUUCCCUUCCUUCCUUCCUUCCUUCCUUCCUUCCUUCUGUCGUCGUCAGCGCCGCCAUCGUCCUCCGCUCCCGGUGGCUGGGCACCGUCCCUUGGGUGCUAUGGCCGCGGAAGUAGCCGGCCCCCCAGGCCUCCUCGUCCUCGGGCUCUUCCCGCCGCUUCUUUUGCUUCUCGGGGCGCCGGACUCGUCAAGCGGAGAACUGAGAUCCCCGGCGGCGUCGGGGGUGGAAUCGCUGCUGGAGGAGUUCCGCCGCCAGCUCCAGCUCGAGCGGGAUCCCUCCGAGCUGGAGGAAGUGGCCGGACGCUGCCGAGGAAGAGGGACUGAAGGACCCGCCGGCACCGGCGGGAGUUUCUUCUCGGUCAGGUCCGACUCCAUCAUCCGCACCAAGGACUCCAUCGCGGCGGGGGCCACGUUCCUGGGCUCUCCGGGCUCGGUGGACAGUCCCAGGCAUUGCCUGGAUGCCUGCUGCGCCGAUGCCCUCUGCACCCUCGCCGUCUUGCAGCAGCAGCAGCCGGCCUCGGUCCGCUGCUAUCUCUUCAACUGCACCUACCGCGGCCGCGCGGUCUGUGUCUUCUCCCCUCAGCGCGGCUACAACAGCUACUUCCUGGAACCCACCCGCCACUCUUCGGCUUUGGAAACUGAUGAGCCUCCUCUUAGCAAGGCAGGAGAAGAUAUUAUUCUUCAACUACCUGUUGACUGGGUUAUUCUGGAUGGCAGAGAAAGUGUGGAUGACCAUGGAAUCAUACGAUAUGAGUGGACAUUACUUCAAGGUGCAUCUUCCGUUGAUAUGCAGGUACCUCAGCCAGGAACACUGAAGCUCUCUCAUAUGCCAGAAGGGAAAUACACACUACAGCUGACCGUGACUGACACAGCUGGCCAAAGGAGUUCAGAUAACGUCUCAGUGACAGUACUUCCAAUGAUUCAUUCUGAAUUAGGUUGCAUUGGCAAAUGUUCCCGAUACCAGUUCCUCUGUGAUGACGGCUGCUGCAUUGACAUCACUUAUGCUUGUGAUGGAGAGAACCACUGCCCCGAUGGGUCAGAUGAAGCUUUUUGCCAUAAAUAUAAUUCAGGACAGAAUGCAAUAACUCACAUAGACACUAUUCAACAAAAUUCAGUUGAAUUAAUGAAAAAAGCCAACAAGGAUCUUACGUUUGAAAUCACCCAAACAAGUACACUAAGCAGUCAAGUACUUGAACCAGAGAAAAUCAAACAAUCACCCUCUCAGGGACUAAAGAAACACGUUACAGGGUUUAUACCAGAGCAGUGCUUGCUCCCCCUAGCCACUGGUUCGUGCAACAGACACCUCUCUCGCUGGCAUUUUGAUGCUUUUUCAGGCACUUGCAUGCAUUUCAUCUAUGGUGGUUGCAAAGGCAAUGAAAACAACUUUCUUCAAGAAUCUGAUUGUCUUGCUGAAUGUGUAAAAGUUCAUGAUUUUAGAAUCUCAGGGAAAGACACAGAUAAGAAUGACAAUGGUAUUGUGAGCUUGAAGAGAACUCAGAUUGAAAAGAGCCUUCCAGUCCCAGAAACAGGUGCUGUACUUCCACUGGCUUUGGGGUUAGCCAUCACUGCUUUGCUGCUGCUCAUGGUCGCUUGCCGUUUGCGUUUAGUCCGGCAGAAAUUAAAGAAAGCGCGCCCCACUACAUCUGAGGAGUCAGAUUACCUCAUAAAUGGAAUGUAUCUCUAGAGCAAGAUUCAGGAUACUCUUUUUUGCUAUCAAGCUUUCUCACAAAAGUGUGCCUCUUGCAUCUCACAAACUGUGUUACCAAAAUCAGCCGUUUCCCCAAAAUUUUCUUUCAAGGCCUGACAGAUGAACACCAUUGAUUUUCAAAUUUGGUAGCUUGGAAGAUGUGUGGAUUUCAACUCCUGGAGUUUCCCAACCAGCAUGGAAUUCCAGGAGUUGACAUCUAGUCAAAUGCUAAGGUUAAGAAAUACUGAUGUACAGUGGUAAUGGCAUGUGGUAUCUUUCACCAACAUGGUGUUCUCCAGGUAUUUUGAUCUACGAUGCUUUUCAUCCCCAAGCCAACAAGAGGCUCUAGUAUGGAAUAAUUUUAAGAAUAGCCUAUGAUGGAGGUAUGAGCUAAUGCAAUUUAUCUGUUGCAAUCCCACCAAAACAAAAUCAUAUUACUGGUGAACAAGUGCAAUGCCACUACAGCUUAAAAUACUUUUAGCGUACAAACGAUUUUCUUUUAAACUUAUCCUCUUUGCACUCUUUAGCCAUCUCUGUUUUGCGAACUGAUUUUGUGUGGUGAUAAAAUUCAAUUUGAAACACUGGAAGCUAGUGGUUGAUCCAUGCUCCUGGCAAUAGCAUGAUGUCCUGUUGCAGUGGUCCACAUCACAGCAGAUACUGACACAGCAGUCACAUCUAAUCCAAAUAUGUAUUUUUGUUAGAGCUUUGACUCAUUAUAGGGAAUUACUUUCCAAACUUGUAGAGCUCGCUUUUCUUUUAAUGUGACAUUAUGAUCUAGUCAAAGUAUUUUCCCAUGAAAAAUUGCACUUGGAAUAUAUAAAUGGAGACUUGGAAUUCACGCUUCAGCUUCCUUUUCUACAAUGAAAGCAGGCAGACACUAUAUACCUAAAAGCAUUCUAUUGGUUUCCAUAGGUUGGGGGUCAGAGGAUGCAAGAGAGAUUACAUGAUGGAAAUGAUGUACUGUGCAUCACAUAUAACAUGUUGCGUGAUAAAAAUGACACAAUUUGCAUCCUGUGUGCGAUGUCAUUACACCUGAAAAAUCAUUUUGACUUCUAUUGAAUGGCUAUGAAGUAACCCAUUCCUCUUAAUGAACUAGGAAAUCAGGCAUACAGUUCUCAUUAUGUCACAUGACUGUUCUGACAUCCACGGUACUUUGCCUUGUUCCUCAGUGCAGCCAGGUUCUGCUCGAUUGUAAUCAGACAGUACUAGAUCAUCUAUGAAAACUGCAGUCUCAAAUUAUGCAUUGGAAACCUUUUGUUUGCAGUGGAGCACCAAUUUUAGUUUCUCCUUUAUCUCUGAGGAAGGCACGACAGUUUCACCGUAUUACUUAAAUUAGCUACUCUAUUUUAAUCUUCCAAUGUUGGAGAUAAAUAUAACCUUAGGCUUAUAUUUCUUUCUCCUUACAGCUUUUCAAUCUUUUCUAUUUUCAUUUCUGCCUUUUUCAAAACACUUUAAGAAUAUCUGUAACUUUAAUCUUCAGAGUACACAGGCAUGUGAAUUAAGCACUGUAUGCAUCCACAAUUCUUUAAAGCAGCUAUAUGUAAGCUCAUGGGAAGCUGCAAAGGAAGCAUGCAUGUUUUAAAGAGUUGCAGAUAAAUCCUUUAUUCAAUGCUUUUGCUUACUCCAAAGCACCUUAUUGGAACUGAACCUGAAGCGCUGCACAUUCCUAAUUAAAAGUAGCAGUACAAAUAAGCCAUCAAUAAAUGAGCAGUACAAUAUAGCCAUCAUUUCAAAUAAGUUAAUAA